AUGGUAACCGCCUCAGUGCUACAGUACAUCCUGGCGUUCGCCAUGUUUGUGGUCACCGCCGUCAUCGGUAUCGUACCACUUUUUAUUGUCCGCGUGAUGAAACGGAGUCAAAACGAGACUGAACAAGGCUACCUGUCUUACUUGACAUGCUUUGCUGGCGGUGUCUUCUUGGCGACUUGCUUUUUGGAUAUUAUUCCGCAUAUUAACGAAGGCUACGAAGAACUCCUCGCCUCGUACGAGCUCACCUGGCACUUCGCCUAUCCCCAAUUCAUCACGUGUUGCGGCUUCUUUUUCAUUUACUUCAUCGAGGAGUUUACCACUUUUGUAUUCGGAAAUGGUCAACAACCUGGUCACGGCCACUCACAUUCGUUGAAUCAGCGGGGAGGCAAUAAAGUCGCCAAUUCUUCGGAAUUCGGCGGCCGUCUUAGUCCGGGAAUGCCCAAGGAGAGAAAAGGAAGUGUUAAUAUAACAAACCUCCGCAUGGAAGAAGCGUCCACUUGGGUGGUGUCUGAUGAGAAAUCGAAUAUUCUGAAAUCUCUGACAUUUGCUGUGGCCAUGUCAUUCCACUCGCUUCUCGAGGGCUUCGCGUUGGGGGUUCAGGACACAACUGGAAGAAUUUAUGCGCUGUUCUUCUCACUUUUGUUGCACAAGGGUGUGGAGGCGUUCUCGGUUGGACUACAGAUUUCUAUGGCAAACUCAAAUAAGAUAAAAACCGUCCUCGCCACAAUCCUCAUCUACAGUCUGAUGGCUCCACUCGGCUCGAUCAUCGGCUCGGUCCUUCAGAAUUCGGAGACGAAUAUCUAUAAGGAUUGUGCAAUUCUUUUCCUAGAGUCCCUGGCAGCCGGCACCUUCAUUUAUGUCACUUUCAUCGAAAUAAUGGCAUCCGAGAAGAGCAAUGAUUUCAACCAUUUGAAACAGUUGCUAUGGAUUAUCAUCGGAUUUUCGCUCGUCACUUUUAUGCAAAUCUUUUUCGGACACGAACAUUCGCAUGAGGGACAUGGGACACAUUUGGGGACAAAUGAGACAGAUAUGGGACAUCAUCAUCAUCACCAUCACGGGGGACGUUAA